CCCGAGUGUGUUGCCCUGCAUGCUGUACAUGCCCUCCUGGGCGUCCUCCUCAAUGUCACCUCAUCAUGGCGGCGGUGGAUAACGACGCGGCCGAGGCAGUGUUGCCGUCGUGCACCGGCUGCCGCAGGCGGAAGCUGAGGUGCUCCCGCCAGACGCCUGUGUGCUCCAACUGCGAGCGUCUUCAGGUUGCCUGCUCCUACGAUGGCCAAAGGAACAAGCCGGGGCUCAAAGGUGGUGUCGUCGACAGUCUUAGCCAACGUCUUGCGCAGGUCGAGAAAGCAGUCUUUGGCCAGACCCAGGCUACCCACGCUGCUGGCCACGAAGAUGUAACGCCACGCGGCUCUCUACAGGCUUCGCUCUUGCCUUCCGACAGCAUUGGUGCCCUUGCCAGCGCUUGCUCGAACCUGGCCGCGGAGCUAAGACACCUCGGCCGCGCUCGCCAAGAUGGCGCGUCGAGGUCCCAGGACAGAUUCGAAAGUCCCGGGACUUCUGAGGGUCAAGCACAGAACAGCUCGCGCAAACGUCCAAGGUCCGAUAAUGACCCCGACAGCUUCACAGCCAAACAUCGGCAACCACAGUCGUCUAUAAGCUACCUGGAGCAGCUGUUCACUGUAGAAGGCUUCCCACCAUUUCCCGAGCAUGUACUUGUCGACUUAAUGCGAGACAUGGUCGACGCGUACUUUGUACGCAUCCACAUAUGGGUGCCAAUGCUCCACGAGCUGGCCAUUCGCUCUGCUCUAGAUGAUUCAGCAAGGCGUGAGACACUCAUGAUUGUCUUGCGCGCCAUGACGAUGGCCUCGCUACGAUUCCUAUCCAUAGGAGGAUGUCGCCCCAGCACAGAAUAUGUCGAUGCACUGGUGAAGAAACUCAAGCGCGAAGUACUGCUGGCAGCCAUGGCUGGUCUCCAAAUUGAGAAUGUACAGGCAUUGAUCAUCUUAGCAUUCAUGGAGAUUGGCGAUGGGAAUAUGGCCGCUGCAUGGCCACUGAUAGGGUCGUUGACCAGAACCGUCGAGUACUUGGGACUUUCCGUCGAAAACGACGACCGCGCUGCCCGUCCUGCAUUGGUACCGACCGUAGCAGCUUUGCCUGCGACCGAGAAUUGGCUAGAUGAAGAAGAAAGGCGAAGAGUAUUCUGGAAUGUCUUCAUCCUGGACAGAUGGAAUACGAGUCUGACUGCUUCCGACGUGUCCCGCCGUCUUCCAGUUGAUGGCGGGAACUGGUUUCACAACAAGCCCGCUGAGACGCCGUACUUCGGCAUCUGGGACCGCUCGACGGCCACGAUCAGAACGCCGACGGCUCCUCUUCCGACUCACUACGAGAGCUCGGGUCGUAAAACUAGGUCCACCGCAGUCAGGCGGCUUGCUUUGAUGGAGUCUCGGCGGUGGGAUGGUCACGGUGGUGACAGCAUGACUAACGUUGGCGCUUUCGGGUAUUACAUCGAGUCCAUCGAGUCUCUGAGCCAGGUCACGUCAGGUUUUCUUCAGGAGAGCAUCGGUUCGCGCAAUCCGAGCGAGCUUUCCAGCUGGUUGACCCGUUUCAAGGAAAUCGACCUUCGACUAGUACAAUGGAAGAUGCAUCUGCCCAAUCAGUGGAAAGAUUCUGGGAUGUCCCGAGGGAACAUGCCUGGUGUCAUGGAUCCCAACAUGACCAUCGCGAACGCCAACCACAACAUAUCUAUGAUCCUGCUUCACCAAAUGAUCGCAUAUCCCAGCGCUGACGUGCGCUAUCUGCGUCUCCCGAGCCAGCUCAGUGCAGAGACUUGCCUGGAUGCGGCGCUCGAGACAACCUCAAUCAUUCAGCAAUAUCUGCGCGGGCUGGGGCCCAACCGACCAGUGUCACCGCAGAUGGGUAUCUGCGCGUUCGUGAGCGCGAAACUUCUUUUAGUCCACCAUCAGUACUACAAGACACGGCUCCAAGACCAGUUUAUGCUGAUUGUGGAGGGGCUGGAACUGAUGCACCGCCACUGGAGGGCCAUGUUCGACGAGGCUGCAGGCGAGCUACAUGACCAAAGACCACAGCCGUCCUUUUUCUCACAGCUGGCACAGCAGCUGCUCGUACUACAAAGGGACAUGUACAACAAUCCUGACCGCCAGCUGAGCAUGACAGGGUCCAGCGCCGAGCUCACACCUUCUGUAUUGCCGCAGCCGCCACAUCUGGUACCCACGCUUGGCCAACAAGCGCAGGAGCAGGAUCCCUCAAACUCACAAGAACCGUUUCGCUCUGAGGCUCCAAAGGCUGGUCAGGUUGCGAAUGAUAAACCAAUUGCGAAUAAUGGUGUUGAGCAAGAGCCGCAUAACGUUGCCCAAUUCUCGGCCUUUUCCGACAUGCUGAUGGACAAUGACUUUUUGGACAUGGACAGAAUCAUUAGUUUUGAGGACAUGAUGUACCCAGCCAAUCUCGGUAACAUUUAG